CGGCGGGAAGGACCCCGGGCGGCGGAGCAGGCACAGCGAAGGGCAGCCCCGCCGCGGCACGAGGCCCCCGGGGUCCUCCGGCGGAGCGGGGCAGUGGACAAGAUGAACCUGGAGCUGCUCGAGUCGUUUGGGCAGAACUACCCCGAGGAAGCCGAUGGGACGCUGGACUGCAUUAGUAUGGCUCUCACGUGCACCUUUAACCGGUGGGGCACGCUGCUCGCGGUGGGCUGCAACGACGGACGCAUUGUCAUUUGGGACUUCUUGACAAGAGGCAUAGCAAAAAUCAUAAGUGCUCAUAUCCACCCUGUCUGCUCUUUAUGCUGGAGCCGAGACGGUCACAAGUUGGUGAGCGCUUCAACCGAUAACAUUGUAUCGCAGUGGGAUGUUCUGUCCGGAGAUUGUGACCAGAGGUUUCGGUUCCCUUCGCCCAUCCUGAAAGUGCAGUACCAUCCUCGAGACCAGAACAGAGUUUUGGUAUGUCCUAUGAAAUCUGCACCCGUGAUGCUAACGCUUUCAGACUCCAAACAUGUUGUUCUCCCCGUGGAUGAUGAUUCCGAUUUGAAUGUGGUAGCAUCUUUUGAUAGGCGAGGGGAAUAUAUUUACACCGGCAAUGCAAAGGGAAAGAUCUUGGUUUUAAAAACGGAUACCCAGGAUCUGGUUGCUUCUUUCCGAGUAACAACUGGAACCAGCAACACCACAGCUAUUAAAUCAAUCGAGUUUGCUCGGAAAGGAAGCUGCUUUUUAAUAAACACUGCUGACCGAAUCAUCCGUGUGUACGAUGGCCGGGAAAUCCUAACCUGCGGGCGAGAUGGGGAGCCUGAACCCAUGCAGAAGCUGCAGGAUUUAGUGAACAGGACACCAUGGAAGAAGUGCUGUUUCUCUGGGGAUGGGGAGUACAUUGUGGCAGGAUCAGCCCGGCAACAUGCCCUGUACAUCUGGGAGAAGAGCAUUGGGAACCUAGUAAAAAUCCUCCAUGGCACCAGAGGGGAGCUGUUGCUAGAUGUUGCAUGGCAUCCUGUCCGACCCAUCAUUGCUUCUAUUUCCAGCGGUGUCGUGUCCAUUUGGGCUCAGAACCAAGUGGAAAACUGGAGUGCCUUUGCGCCUGACUUCAAAGAGCUAGAUGAAAAUGUAGAAUAUGAAGAGAGGGAGUCUGAGUUUGAUAUUGAAGAUGAAGACAAGAGCGAACCAGAGCAGACAGGUGCUGAUGCUGCAGAGGACGAGGAGGUGGAUGUAACCAGCGUAGAUCCCAUUGCUGCCUUCUGUAGCAGCGAUGAAGAACUGGAGGACUCCAAGGCUCUGCUGUACUUACCCAUUGCUCCUGAAGUGGAAGACCCAGAGGAAAACCCUUAUGGGCCCCCACCUGAUGCUGUUCAGACCUCUCUAACGGAUGAGGGAAUAGGCUCAGAGAAAAAGAGACAGUCUUCAUCUGAUGGACCGCAGCCACCAAAGAAGAAACCUAAAACGACCAACAUCGAACUACAAGGAGUACCCAAUGAUGAAGUCCAUCCGCUGCUUGGCGUGAAGGGAGAUGGUAAAUCCAAGAAGAAGCAAGCAGGCAGGCCUAAAGGAUCAAAAGGUAAAGAGAAAGAUUCUCCAUUUAAACCGAAACUCUACAAAGGGGACAGAGGUUCUUUACCUCUGGAAGGAGCAGCGAAGGGUAAAGUGCAGGCGGAGCUGGGACAGCCUUUGACAGCAGGUGGUGCAAUCUCAGAACUGUUAUGAAGACAUUCUGCUUUCCCUUCCUCUGUUCUUUCCAUUGCUGGCACCAUUAAGUGGAAUAUGGACAAAGUACUCAGUCAGAUAAUGGACUGACUUUAAUACAGGAACCUGAUUGCUCAUGGAUGCAGGGAGUGACUUUUAUAAGAAGUGAAUUAUGGAAGAGGAAACCGCCUUCAUUCCUUCUCUUCAGUCCUCUCUCCCCAAAACAGUGUACGCUAUUGACUCAGGACAAAAGAUUCACAAGGAAGCUAAGUGGAAUGCCUCCUUGUUGACUCGCAUAAAGUUUCCCCAAGCAAAUUGGUCACCACCACACUGCUUUUCUAGGCUGCACACCUGCUUUCGGUUUCUUUCCAAUGUUUUACUUUGGGAACUGAAGAACACUGAACACUUUUUUUUCCCCAGAACCCUGUAUCCUGUGCCAGUGUGCCCCAUGCUCCAUUUCAUUUUGGUUACCUGUCUUUUAAGGAGUAAGCUGUUGUAUUUUUAUUCUUUAUCUUCUGUGCUGCCUAUGCUACCAUACUGUGAACUGUAUGGAAAACUGAUAUUUUCUUACACACACCUCCCCAUUGCAGCACCAUCACUGGUUGGUUGUCAGGGUUUGAUACCAGAAAUCAGGACAGUCUCUGCAAAAAAUGGGUACUUGUUAUAGUGAUAGAUAGGAACUGAGGGCUGCCCCUUCUUUAUGAGAGAAUUGGAGAAGGGGGGAGGAGGAGGAAUAGAAACCAGUGUAGAUAAAAGAUCCAAGAAAUUGUGUCCUGCUCUUAGGUUGACGUGUGAAAGGUAGCAUUUUGCUACUUCCUCUCUUUACCUGCGGCGAUCGUUCUUUUUCUGUUAAGUCAUAUCAGAUGCCCUGGCUUGGGGAGUUGGCUUUUGUUUUUGUAGAUCUGUUCUGGCAACUGGAAAAGAAGUAGAAGCUAUCAUAUAUUUGAAAAGUCUUUGGGUAUUCUAUAGAUAAGCAAGCUUUUAUUUUCAGUAUCCAACACCUUGAACAAUAGCCCAGAAAAGUCCAUCUUGAAACAAUAAAAGUAGCCCUUUUUGUCCCCCUGGUGUAAUCUUUAUGAUGCUGUUUUUCUGGGUAAAGAGAACUGGCUGGAGUGUCUCCAAAAUCAGCCAGGCUUCUUCCUUAACACUUCCAUGUUCAUUGAAUAAAUGAUAUUCGUUCAUCCGAUUAAUAUGUAAGCAGCAUUGCUAAAUUAACUAACGAGUGGAUUGGGCACUUGUUCUCAUUUGCGUUUCACCACACUAGUAGGCAGGAAAAAUCCUUCUGCAAACUAUUAAUGAUCCUUAAGGUAAAGGAUACCCUACAAAUGGCGCAUCUGAUCUUUCAGUGUGCUGAGUACCCUCAACUCACAGUGAACUCGAUGGAGCUGAAGGUUCCUUGUAUGAAAGGAUCAGACCCAUGGAGGAAUGGAGUACGCAUAAAUGAACAUCUAACUGAGCUCGAUUUGCAGUUGAGUUGGCUUUUGUUUGGUUUGGGAUCUUAGUAAUUUGUUUGACACUUAUGCCGGUUUUAUGAAGUCUAAAAUGUUUAAUACUUGUAACUGCAAUACGGAGCGUCAUCACCUCGUACGGUCUCACUUUGUAGGACAAAAGCUGGCAGCCUGGUGUGCUGGGGUGUUGUUAUCUAAUUCACAACACAGUUCACGCUUUUCUCUUGUAGCAGAGAAACAUCAGGUUGCUAAGAUGUAUACAAGUGGCAGGAAAAAUGAAGGUUGAUCAGUAUUUGCAGCAAGCAUCCUUUUUUUUCUCAGAAGUGGGUGGACUCCAUACACCUGACUUGAAAGUUAUCUUUUUUCCGUCCCCGAGUAGGAGAGCACCUAUUCUGGCGGAAGUUUAGCAGAUAGCAUGUCGUGGCGAAAUGGGAACGCAGUCUUGUUCUCCAUCCUUGCCUUCUCAGCAGCUUGCACAUGGUGUGUAUCAUGAUGAGCAGCAUGUAUGCAACUGGUUUAUAAUAAAGUUUUCAGUCUUGUUACCUGUCGUUUUUCAGACUGCUUUAGACUUUCUGUGUAGCUACUUCCAUUCAUCUCAUUUAUCUUAGUGAAUUCAACUUAUGCUUCCCCUCUCCCUUUUAACUUUCAAAAGAGCAGGAAUCUGUAUUAGUUUGCAGUUGAAUAUACUUUAAGUAAAGCAGCCAGCAGCAGCAUGGGUUUUAAACAUAGGCACUGAAGAAAGACUUUAAAUCAGAAGCUUAGGAAAACAAACCAAUCUUGGUGCAUUUGUUCCUGAAGUGAAGGGCAGUGCAUUAAUCUGCUUCAUCCAAUGAAAUUAUUUUUUAUUCCAUCCUCACAUACACUGUAUUCAUUUGCUUGCCCAUCCUACUCUCUGGACAGCUCAUCUCUUUCACGCAAACCUAUUUUGUCUAAACUACCCAUCUGCAGUCUCUGGAUCCAUCACAGGCUGCACAGGCAAAGGCUCUGAAAACUGGUUUACAGCACCUGUAUAGCCAUGGACGCCAGCCUUCACUUCUGUUAAAACGCCACUUCCCCCACCCGUUGUACAGUGUAUAUGUAUUUUUUUUUCUUCCGUCUUUUAUUUCUGUGUCUGUAGUUUUGUAUAAAAUUGCUCGAGGCUGACUUGUUUGUAGUCAUUUCUGAAAUAUAGCAGCGUUGUUAGCAUCUGUGUUUGUAAAUAAAGAGGUAUGUUUUAUUUCUUAA